AUGAGCCCCGCGGGGCUCCCUCCGGCCUCGGUCCUCGCCGUGGCGGCGGCGGCGGCCGCGCUGGCGGUGGCAGCAGUGGCGGCCUGGCGGCGGCCGCGGCCCCUGCGGGAGGUUCUGUUCUUCCCGUCGCGGCCCUGCUGCCUCGAGGCUCUGCUGGCCGAGGCGGCGGCUCCCGGCGCGCCCGCCCGGCCCUGCCCGUGCCCUCUGCCGCGGGCCGACACCUCGCUGAGCCGCCUGGUGCGCCGCCUCCUCUCCGCCCGCCGCUCCCUCGACCUCUGCAUCUUCUCCUUCUCCUGCCCGCAGCUCGCCCGCGCCGUGCACCUCCUGCACCGCCGCGGGGUCCGCGUCCGCCUGGUCACGGACGCGCAGUACAUGGGGCUGCACGGCUCGCAGAUCGGCCGCCUGCGCCACGCGGGGAUCCAGGUGCGCCACGACCAGCACAGCGGGUACAUGCACCACAAGUUCGCCAUCGUGGACCGCAGGGUGCUCAUCACGGGCUCGCUCAACUGGACCACCCAGGCCAUCCAGAGCAACAGGGAGAACGUGCUGGUCGUGGACGACGCCGCGUGCGUGAAGCCUUUUCUGGACGAGUUCGAAAGGAUCUGGGAGGAGUACAACCCCGCCAAUUACAGCUUUCCCAAAGUCAGUAACUGAUGGAGCUGCCGCACGGGGCUGGUGGAGAGCACGUGGAGCACUUAACAGCUCCACGAAUUUAUUAUUUUGUGUAGACAUCAUUGCUUUUGUGCCCGUCUG